AUGAGUGCAUACGAUGACUUCUUUGCUAGAGCGCAUAUUGGUGAUAAACCAGUACUUCCUAAGCCAGCAAAUGUAAUGGGUUCACCAGAUAUUCAACCUGUCGGUACCGAACCUAUUGCUAAUCCGAACGAAUAUUUUAUUGGGAAAGAUGGGAAAGAGGAGGAAUACGAAAAAGAUAAAGGCACUGACAUCACGAAAGGAGAACGAAACUAUAUUUAUCUCCGUGGUUCCUCAACCUUAGAAACAGAAGGAUACGCUGAACUCUACUUCGUACCGUCGUCAUUAGUUAUGCAUCCAAAUGCAACUGAUCAACAUAACUGCCUUGUAUCACGCUUUGUUACAGAAAGGAAUCCAAAUGAGGUGCCAACAGACUUUUCUGAUUGGAAUGCUCUCAUUAAAUGGGUACAGGAGUCACCCGGAAUAGGCUGGCGAAAUAUACAUUUUGCUGAUCCUAAAUUGCCAGAGAAAGAAACAAUAGUAGAUCUAAAUAUCCCACAUGGGUGGGAUAUGCAUAGUGCUCUGGUAUAUCUCGAAACAGUUGAUAUGCCUGUCGGAGUAACCGUGUCAUUCUUUUCGGUUGAUAUUAACCCUCCUUUCAAACUCGAGCCGCAGGAGAUUACUUACCCGAAUCAAAGUUUUUUUGUUAUAGCAAGUUUGCCUACUGGACACACAGGCAAAGUCACUUAUAAAUAUGUAACGAAUAGCAAAACUAUACCAGAUGAUGCUAAACUUCAUCUUAAAAUUGGAAAGUUAACUCCCAUUGGUUCCGUAACAUCUGUUUUCAAAAGCAGUUAA